AUUUUUUAAAUAAAAUCAUUUAUUAUAAUCGAAUUAAUCAUACGACUUGGCUCAAAAAACAAAUAUACUUCUUCAACCAGUCGGUGUUAGGUGGCAUAUGGUCUGCACUUCAACCCUAUAAAUCCAAGCGCAAUACCCCCAGUACUACACAACACUUUACACUUGUUACCUGCGGAAGUGAUCCGAGGUUAAUUAGUAGAGCUUGAAACAAUGGUCGGACCAGCGAGGCCACAGUUUGUGUUGUUCGGUUCUUCAAUCGUUCAAUUGGGAUUUUUUCAAGAAGGCUGGGCUGCGGAUCUUUCACACUAUUACGCUCGCAAGGCAGAUGUAUUCAUGCGAGGAUAUUCUGGUUGGAAUUCAAGGCAAGCUCGUGAAGUAGUGGAGCAAGUUUUCCCAAUGGAUGAUCCGGUAAAACCAUCUCUGGUGAUUGUUUAUUUUGGAGGUAACGAUUCAGUACUUUAUGAUCCAGACGUCCCAAGUUCGCAUGUACCACUUGAUGAAUAUGUUCAAAACAUGAGGAUCAUUGCUACCCAUCUACAGAGCCUUUCAGAGACCACACGCCUAAUAUUUCUUACUGCCCCUCCAGUGAACGAGGAACAGAUGAAAGAAGUUCUGGGCUGAUUAUAUAUUACUAUCAUAAGUGUUUUUUUUAAUUAUUUAAUCUUGCUUCUAAUUAUCAAUUCUCGUUUGAUCUUACAACUGUUCUUCUAUAAAACCAGUAUUGAGAAUCGUAAAAACGAAAAGUGCGGAAUAUACUCUGAUGCUUGUCUAAGCUUAUGCAAAGAAAUGAAUAUAAAGGCUAUUGAUCUUUUCAACUUAAUUCAACAACGACCUGACUGGUUGACAACCAGCUUUCUAGAAGGGAUACAUUUUACAGCAGCUGCAAGCGCAACAGUGGCAAGUGCGAUACGACUAGCAAUUUUUCAAGCUGACUGGAUACCAAGUUUGCGUUGGGAUUUGUUGCCUACGGAGUUUGAUGUCACUGUUGCUGCCAGUGCAGUAGGGUGAGAUCUGUUAAGGUUUGUUGAAUAAAAUGUGAGGUUUAAUGACAAAAAUAAUGUUUAGUAUGUUGUGGGUUUAUGUUGUUUUCUUCCCUAUUGUUGGUUUGGGUUAUGUCUUUGCCUAUGAAGUUUGCUGAUUGGUCUUGAUGGCAGUGCCAUGAGGACGGAUAUGUGGAGAUAUGUACUUUAAAUUUGUCUAAUAAAAUUUGAAUUUGUGUGAC